AGUAAUAUACAGGCCAAAUCAAAUCGCGACACCUGUACACAAGGUAGGUCCACCCAAUCAACCAAGUAACAAUGUAAACGGAGGUUUAACCACGAUCCCACAAAAUCAGAUAACAGAACCAUUCACCCGCGAAAUACUUUGACGUCGCGCGCGACGCCGCACAGAGUUUCUUUCCUCUUUCUCUGUUCUUCUGUACUGCUAGAUCUCUAAAAUUAGAUUGGUGAUUCUUGAUAGAGAUCAGUGUCCUCGUGAAGCAAGACGCAUGGCGGAAGCCCCAGUCCACCCUUCAUCUUCAAAGAAUCAUGAAAAAGAAGACGUGGGAGACACGAAUAUAAGCAGUACUGAUGAUGCUUGUGUGCAAAAGUUAGAGCCAGUAAUUGGCAUGGAAUUUGAUGAUGAAGAUAUAGCAUAUGAGUUCUACAAUCGGUAUGCUGGAGAUGUUGGCUUUAGCAUUAGAAAGUUUUGGCAUGAUAAAUCUUCAACAAAUGUGAUUCGCACAAAAAAAUUUGUGUGCUCAAGGGAGGGGUUCAAUAAGAGGAAUACUUCAGAUGCAUGCCAACGGAAGCGAGCUGAUACAAGAGUUGGUUGUAUGGCAGAGAUGACCAUUAAGAUCACUCCUACUGGAAAAUAUGCUAUAGCUAGCUUUUCUAACACGCAUAACCAUGAACUCAUAACUCCUAGCAAGGCCCAUUUGUUACGUUCUCAGAGAAGAAUGACAGAAGCUCAAAAAGCUCAAAUUGACAUCUUGAAUGAUUCAGGUGUUAGAUCCAAAGAAGGCCAUGAGGUGAUGAGUAGGCAAGCAGGUGGGCGGCAAAGUCUUACAUUUACCAGAAAAGAUUAUAAAAAUUAUCUCCGAUCAAAGCGCAUGAAAUCUAUCCAAGAAGGGGAUACGGGUGCCAUUCUUCAGUACCUACAGGACAAGCAAAUGGAAAACCCUUCAUUCUUCUAUGCAAUACAAGUAGAUGAAGAUGAGAUGAUGACUAAUAUAUUUUGGGCAGAUGCAAGAUCAGUAUUGGAUUUUGAUUAUUUUGGUGAUGUCAUAUGCUUUGACACAACAUACAGGACAAAUAAUUAUGGUAGGCCAUUUGCUCUUUUUGUUGGUGUAAACCAUCACAAGCAAACAGUUGUUUUUGGAGCAGCGUUACUGUAUGAUGAAACAACAUCAACAUUUGAAUGGUUAUUUGAAACUUUCAAAAGAGCCAUGUCAGGCAAAGAACCAAGGACAAUAUUAACUGAUCAAUGUGCAGCCAUCAUUAAUGCUAUUGGGACUGUCUUUCCCAACUCAACUCAUCGUCUCUGCGUUUGGCAUAUGUACCAAAAUGCUGCGGUACAUUUGAGUCACAUUUUCCAAGGUUCAAAAACAUUUAAGAAUGAUUUUGGCAAGUGUGUUUUUGAUUUUGAAGAAGUUGAUGAGUUCAUAUCAGCAUGGAACAAGAUGAUAGAGGAGUACAAUUUGAAUGAUAACCAAUGGUUACAUCAUUUAUUUGAGAUCAAGGAGAAGUGGGCUUUAGUUUAUGGUCGGCAAACAUUCUGUGCAGAUAUGAAAUCCACACAGAGAAGUGAGAGUCUCAAUGCCCUGCUGAAAAGAUACUUGCAUGUGCGGCUUGAUCUAUUAGAUUUUUUUAAGCAUUUUGAAAGAGCAGUAGAUGAUAGAAGGCAUGCUGAGCUGUAG